GACCGGCUUUUGAGCUGCUUCUCAUCCCGAGCCUCGUGGGAUUCAGUUUCAAAUUCAAUCAGGAGGGUCUGCGAUCGGCGAGGGGAAGAGCACGGCGAUGGAGUCGAUUGAGGUGCUGGUGGCGCACAUCCAGGGCUUGUCCAGGAGUCCCGACGAGGUCUCGCACCUCCACUCCCUGCUCAAGCAGUCCGAGGACGCUCUCCGCUCCCAUGCAGCUCGACUCGCCCCCUUCCUCUCCCAGCUCGACCCAUCCAUCCACACCCUAGGCUACCUUUUCCUUCUGGAAGCAUAUUCAUCUGGGUCAAUCUCAGGGGAGGAGGCUUCCGGUUUUCUUUUGACUGUAGUGGAAUUUAUCAACUCAUGCUCAGCAGAACAGAUACAGCUUGCACCAGAAAAAUUCAUUUCUGUUUGUAAGAGUUUCAAGGAUCAGGUUAUGCAGCUUGGGGUUCCCAUGCAAGGAAUAGCUCCCUUGUGGAUGGCUGUCCGUAAACUCCAAACUUCCACAGAGCAAUUAACUACCUUACACUCGGAUUAUCUUCUUCUGUGUCUUCUAGCUAAGUGCUAUAAAGCGGGACUAAGCAUUCUGGAUGAUGACAUCUUUGAGGUUGAUCACCCGAGAGAUCAUUUCCUCUAUUGCUACUAUGGGGGAAUGAUAAACAUUGGAUUAAAGCGUUUUGAGAAAGCAUUAGCGUGUCUUCAUAAUGUUGUUACUGCACCGAUGACUACUCUAAAUGCAAUAUGUGUUGAAGCAUACAAAAAGUAUAUUUUGGUUUCACUCAUCCUGAAUGGACAGGUUCCAUCAUUCCCAAAGUAUACUUCUUCAGCCGCUCACAGAAAUCUGAAGAAUUAUACUCAGGUUUGCAUCAACUUCAUAACUAUUAUUUCCUAA